AUGGAGAACGUCUCAGAAAACAAAUCGCUCCCCGUCUCCAUCCUAACCUGGCAAGAGUACAGGCAAUUUUCAUUCGAAACCCUCGGUGAAUCUAGAACCCUCAACAGUGCCAUGCGUCGAGAACACUUGCCGAAGCAAAGUUCUAGUUACGCUUGUUGGGAGACUUCCCUUCAUGUAUGUUCUCAAUGUGGCGCUGUUCCGCACAUGUGCCAAGCAAGUAUGGAAAAUACAGCUCACGAAAGUUAG